AAAAGAAUAAGUUAUUAAAGUGAGUGAUGAGAAAACAAUUUGUAUGAAAUGAUAAAAACAUUUGUUACACCAACUUAAGUUUCGGCGGUCAUUCAUUUAAUAUUAAACUUCAAGGUUUUCUUAUGCGAAUUUCGUGAAGAUGGAAUUUGACGAUGAGGAGUUCCUGUUCAAUACAACAAAUGAUACGGCGCAUUCAUCGGGAUUCUCGGAGCCUGAUUCAUUGAACAUCAUAGUACCCCUAAGCAUCACAUAUGCCAUCAUAUUCGUGGCAGGAGUCCUGGGAAAUAUAAGCACGUGUGUAGUCAUAGCACGCAACAGAUCCAUGCACACGGCUACAAACUUCUAUCUCUUCAGCUUAGCGAUCUCUGAUCUACUUCUGCUAGUUUGUGGGCUUCCUCUUGAAGUGCAUCGGCUAUGGAGUCCGCUCUCUUACCCUCUUGGCGAAGCGCUUUGCAUCACCGUGGGGCUUAUAUCGGAAACGUCCGCCAACGCAACGGUUUUGACUAUAACAGCGUUUACUGUCGAAAGGUACAUUGCUAUUUGCCGUCCGUUUAUGUCACACACCAUUUCGAAGUUGUCAAGAGCUGUGCGGUAUAUUAUCGCGAUCUGGGUGUGUGCUUUGUGUGCUGCAGUACCGCAAGCGAUGCAAUUCGGUAUAGUGACUUAUAGUGAGAAAGGGCAGAAUAUCAGUGCGUGCACGGUGAAGGGACACGGUGUGCACCAGGUGUUCGUGAUUUCAAGUUUCGUGUUCUUCGUAGCGCCGAUGUCUUUGAUCACAAUCUUGUAUGUGCUGAUCGGUGCUAAACUGCACACGUCUCGUGUUCUGCAUCCUUUAAAGAAGACUUCGAUGGACAGCAGCGAGCGCCCAAAUGGAAUCCCGAGGUACAGAAAUGGCGCUUCACAGAGACGCGUCAUUAGGAUGCUGGUUGCUGUGGCGUUGUCAUUUUUUCUUUGCUGGGCGCCUUUUCACGUGCAGAGGUUGAUAGCCAUCUACGGGAAGAAUUUGGAACACCCUACUGAUACGUUUUAUAAGGUGUACAUAGUGCUGACCUACAUAUCGGGCGUCCUGUACUUCCUGUCCACGGCGAUCAACCCCUUCCUGUACAACAUUAUGUCGAACAAGUUUCGAAACGCCUUCAAGUUGACGCUAUCAAUGUGGUGCAGCAGAGAUGUCCCACGUAUGGAGCGGACUUACAGCGCAUUGCUGGCUUCUAAAAGGCAGCGUGCUGCGUCCAGAGCAACGCAGCGGCAGCGAUAUCCGCGACUACUUUGUCGCCUAUCAACGGCCUCAUCACAGCUGGGUGACGCACCGCCUCGAGCGCAGUCCUACCACCGAAGAGAUCUCUCAGUCGUGAAUGAAGUGCCGGGGUCGACCUGGCUGUGGCAGCAACGUCUGACGGAAGGCUCAGACUCCUUCACCUCCCCACGUAGCAUCUCCAAUUCCAGCUUACACGAAGUAGAUCAAGAACUAAGCGGUGAAGAAUUGGCAACUUUUUUGUAUCAAGUAAAUUGUAAUAUUGGUGGGCUUACCUGAGACACGUCUGUUUAGAGAACCCUGAGUGGAACUCUAAACUGAGUCAAGAAUUAAAUGGCAGGAAUGCUUGGUGCGUAAAAUUGUUUCUUAUUGAUUGUAGUAGAAAAAUAAUGUUUUUAUACAAAUAAGUUGCAUAUGUAAAAGGAGUCACACUUCUUAUUCUCGUUUUCAAACGCGCUAAUUUUAAUAGGUUAGAAAAAUAAACACAUCAAAACCAAUGGUAAACUGUUGUAAAAAUUUAAGUUAAGAUUGAUUUGAGAAAGAAUUCGAAGAUCGACAAAACAUUAAUUUCAUAGAUAUGGAGGCCUAUUAAACAUUUUUUUGCCAUUAUGUUUAAAUAAAUAAUUGGGCAAUCAUACUGUAAUAUCAAAAUGUUUUUUGACCCCCUACUAGCCCACUACAGUUAGCAUGGGUCUUCUCUUGGAAUGAGAAGAGUUAAGGCCGUAGUCCAUCACAUUAGGUAAGUACUGGAGUUGGAUUGGUUAUGGUUACACAGGUUCCGGUUUCUUCACUUUUUGUGCCGUUAGAGCGAGUGAUAUAAAUGCCGAAGCAAUUGCAUGUUACUCCGAAAAUAUUAAGAUGAUCGAAACACGGAGAUCGAACUCGGUCCCCUCAAAAGGGAGGCCGAAGUUCUGAUCACUAGGCCUCCCAAUGAGAGUAUUAGCCCACAAUCACCACGCUGCUGGGCAGACGAGUUAGUAAUCGCAGAAGAUGGUAUUAGUAACACAGAGAACUCUGCUGCCCAUUCUCUGUUGUAUUCCCUUAGUCGAACGCGGGAUAAGGAGGGGUGAUGACAACUGUACUCUAAUCUUACCACGCAGCAUAAUAAACACAGAUGUGAUAUUAUAAACGUGAAAUUUUGUAUGCAUGGAAGAUUGUAACUCUUUCAAGAUAAAAUCGACAU